AUGGUUCAGAAACAACAAGGCAAGGUGUACGAGGCUCCUAUAGCCAACACCAUCAAUAUUGAGGGAUCCGUGAUUUUGUCUAUUCUCAGGCACACUUCCGAGAACUUUCCUUCUCUAUUCUCCGGUUCCCUCAUGGGAUUUGAGGACGACGAGGGUACCAUCGAUAUCACCCACGCUUACCCAUUCCCAUACCCAGAUCAAUACGAGGGUGGCUCCUUCCGCUCAAAGAGUGGAUCCAAGUACCAGCAAGAGAUUUUGGAGUCGUUGAAGUCCUUGGAUGAAGGCGUCGAAUUCCAGGGUUGGUUCCAGUCCACCGUGUCUGGUAACUUUAUCACCUCCUCCUUGGUUGAUGCUGUUGCUCAACAACAGCUUAACAACAAGAACUCUUUCCUUUUGGUACACAACAUGGUGUCAGUUGGAAAGGGCGUUGACUUGAAGGCCUUGAGAUUGUCUGAGAACUUCCUCACCACAUACUUAGACGGUAAAUGGAAGACGAAAGACUUGGAGAGCCACAAAUUGUCCUACCUCAAUAUCUUUGAUGAGACUCCGAUCAACAUUCACAACCAGCACUUGGUCAACUUGUUCUUGGCUUCCAGCGAGGACACUACUUUGUCAAAUGAAUUCGACACCUUGAACUUCUCGUCCAACUCGAACAUCACCACACAAUUGUUGGAGAACUUGUACAGUCAAAUCGACUCCUUCAACUUCGACCAGACUAACUUCAACUACUACCAAAGACUCUUGCAAAAGGAGCACACCAAGAUUCUCCAGUGGAAGCAGAACAGAAAGAACGAGAACACCGAAAGAGCCAAGAUUGGCGAGUCCGAGUUGAACCCGGACGAGUGGCAGUCCAUCUUCAAGUUGCCAACUGGCCCCUCCAGAUUCAAUAACACCUUGUAUUCUAGAGCCAUCGACGAGUUGGCAGACGACAUUUUGAAGAAGUGCGACCAAGAGUUGAUCAAGAGUUUUGCUAUUGAGAGAAAGUUGACUUCUAAUUAA